UUAAAAUUUAAGUUAAUAUAAAAGCAUCCCGUUUUGCCAAAAACCACAAGUCAAAUCAAUAUGAUAAAAGAAACUGUACUGACGCUGUUCUUCAUCGGAACUUGCCUAGCCGUCCCCGCCGACAUCGGCUGGAGGGUCGUUGGCGGCUCCAACGCCAGCACCGGCCAAUUCCCCUUCAUCAUCUCCCUGCGAACCAUCACCGGCUCCCACACCUGCGGCGGCUCCCUCAUCGCCAACAACUGGGUCAUCACCGCCGCCCACUGCGUCGUCGGAGGCUACCCCGCCUACUACAGCGUCGUCGCCGGAAUCAACCAACUCAACUCCAACAGCGGAGUCAGCGCCAAAGUGGCCGACAUCAUCGUCCACCCCAACUACAACUCCAACCUCAUCAUCAACGACAUCGCCCUGCUCCGUCUGUCCACCCCCAUCCAGGAGUCGUCGCUUAUCAAGAUCAUCCAGCUGGAGAAAAACGACAACGAUAAUGUGCAGGAUGCCGUUUUGAUUGGGUGGGGUAGAACGUCCUAUCCUGGGAACAUCCCCAACGACCUGCAGUACCUCCCCACGAGGACUACUACGUACGCUAGCUGCAAAAACUCGUGGCCCACUGAGACCAUCGUGGAGACCGAGAUCUGCGCGUUCACACAGGCUGGACAGGGGGCUUGCCAUGGGGAUUCUGGAGGUCCUUUGAUCUCGGCGGAGAGUGGACAGCUGAUUGGGUUGGUGUCCUGGGGGGCUCCGUGUGCUCUGGGAGCUCCUGAUGUGUACACGAGAGUGUCGUCGUUUAUUGACUGGGUUAAGGAUAAUUCGGGACUUGAUCUUUGAGUCCGCGGACUGUUUGUGAUUGGAUAAUAAUUAAAAUAAAUGUUAAUAGUUUA